AACUGAAAUAAACUCUUCCCGAACGAAACAUGAAUAUUUCAACUCAUUUGGCUCUCAAGCUCAAUUCCUUAAAAUCAAACUCAAUAAAAAGGCUUUUUAAGUUCUUUAUAGUUUGGGCAUGUUUAGUUUAUCAUUGUAACCAAGAUACGAAAAGUUAUUCUAGUAAAGCAGCCCGCAUGGUGACUAAUGAGGGUUUCCAUCCUGUUAUAUUCUUCUUUGAUUUCUGCAUUAGGUGAUGCAAUUAAAUUGGUACUCAAAACAUGAGAAAUAAGUUAUACACUUAUUCAGAUAGUACAUACUCCAUAUUAAACUUUCAGUGAUUACGAUAACAUCAAAAAUUGGUUUCAUCAUGAUGCAAAUAGUAUUUAUUGAGGGAGCUUUGAAGUAGUUUGAAGUUCUCAAUAAUAACUUCUAGUCGUCUAUCAUACGACUUAUAUGAUUAUAUCUACAAACCAUUGUCUAAAACUAUAUAUUGGGAAAAGCUGGGUUUUAUAUUUGACCGUUAAUAGUUAAUUUGGCCUAUUUUCAUUUGUAAUGUACAUGUACGGAGAAUAUAGAGUUUGUUCUCUAUAUGAUGGAGAGAGAAUCUUUUCUGGAAGCAAAGGGCAAAAGAAUUUUGGCUGAAAGAAGUGGAUAUUAAUUCCCACUUUUUUCACAAUGCUGUGAAACAGAGAAGAAGAAAAAAUAAGAUGCAAGGAAUCACCCUAGAAGAUGGGUCCUAGUCCACGGAUCGUGAAAAAAUGGGCAGUACUAUUCUGGAGUAUGUUACUAAUUUAUUUAAGGCCAGUGAAGAAAGGGAUCUGACGAGGGACUUUGGAAAUUUUUCUAAAGUCAUGGAUGUGCAAAAUAGGAAACUCCUGAAACCUAUUUGUCCGGAAGAGGUUAAGGUGACAGUUUUAGGCAUGCAUCCGGAGAAGCACCGGGGGCUGAUGGGAUGAAUCCGUCGUUUUCCCAAGCUUUUUGGGACCAGAGAUUUCUCAGCUUUGCUCCACCAUUUUUGAUACAGGUUAUCUCCCAUCAGAGUUAAAUAUUACUAAUAUUGUUUUAAUUUCUAAAAAGGAGAAACCAGUCAAUAUGGGGGAUUGGAGACUUAUUGCCUUAUGCAAUGUUGUUUAUAAAAAAAAAUUAAGAUUCUUGCUAACCGACUAAAAGAUAUUUUGGGCUCAUUAGUGGGAGAGAACCAAAGUGCAUUUAUACCAGGCAGGCAGGUCUAUUGUUGAUAAUAUAAUUGUGGCAUUCGAGACACAACAUUUUCUUACACGGAAAAGGUUUGGUAAAGAGGGAUUUGUGGCCAUGAAGCUGGAUAUGAGUAAGGCGUACGAUAGGGUGGAAUGGUUCUUCUUACGAAAGAUCAUGCUACGCAGGGGUUUUGACGAGCAGUGGGUCCAUCUUAUUAUGCAGUGCGUGAUCUCAGAGAGCUAUUAUGUUCAGUUUGAUAAGGAAUAUUUGGGGCCAAGUAUUCCAGGCAGGGGACUCUGGCAGGAGGACCCUCUAUCACCUUAUUUAUUUAUUUUGGUUGCAGACGGUCUGAGUGCAUUGUUAAGAAGGGCGGGGGCUCGUGGAGAUAUUCAUGGUGUGGCCGUGUGUCGGGGAGCUCAAAGGGUUUCUCAUUUAUUAUUUGCGGAUGACAGUUUCCUAUUUUUUAAGCCAGAAUGUGGAGGAGUCCAGAGAGGCCUGUUGUCGGCGACUUGGCGUACCAUUAGAUAGCGGUCAGAACAAGUAUCUUGGUUUACGGCCUUGGUGGGAAGAGGUAAAACGACUAUCUUAAGUUAUCUUCGUGACCGUAUCGUGAGUAGAAUUAAAAAUUAGAACAAUAGGUUCUUGUCCCGGGCGGGUAGGGAUGUUCUACUCCGGAAUGUUAUUCAGACUAUGCCCACGUAUGCCAUGAAUAUUUUCUUGCUUCCGAGGGAUUUUUGUGAUGAAAUUGAGAAGCUAAUGAAUGGUUUUUUAUGGAAAGGGUCAAAGUUUGACCAAAAAGGCCUUAGGUGGAGGAGAUGGGAUCUCUUGUGUAAACCAAAAGGAGCAGUGGCUUUGGGGUUUAGAAAAUUAAGAGAUUUUAAUUUAGCAAUGUUGGCUAAGCAGGGAUGGAGCUUAAUAACAGAUGCAAGGAGUCUAAUGGCGCGUGUUCUAAAGGCAAGAUAUUUUCCCGGCACAAGUAUUUUAAAAGCUAGAUUGGGAAAUAAUCCAUCUUUUAUUUGGAGGAGUAUAUUUGAGACCCAAGAAAUCUUGGAAAAAAAUGUUAGGCGCAGAGUGGGAAACGGGAAGGAUAUUCAUGUUUGGGCAGAUGCCUGGCAUCCUGGGCAGGGCACGGGCAUGAUUCAGUCAAGUAGACCGGUGGGUAUCAGGGACAUGGGUGUUGCGGCACCGAGGGAUUUUACCGAGAAGAAUUGGAAUAGGGAGAAAACUGCGUCCACUUUUAAUAAGGCUGAUAGUGAUUUGAUUUUGAGCAUUCUUAUUAGCUUGCAGGACCGAGAGGAUGGCUAUUGGUGGACUGGAGAGAAGAAUGGUUGUUUUUCAGUGAAGAGCUGUUAUCGAAAAGUAGUGGAUUGGUCGAGUACGGCAAGCUGGAAUGGAUGGUCAACUUUGUGAGAACUUGCAGGACCGAGAGGAUGGCUAUACCUUUUUUUCCAAAGAUGAAGUAUUUGGCGUGGCAAAUCUUGGAUGGAUCCCUUCCUUCCCUUGAUAAUUUAUCUACAAGGUAGGUGGAACUUCAAACAGAGUGCAAGCUGUGUGGAGGGGAAGCGGAGACAACGGAUCAUGCUAUUAGAUCCUGUGAGAAGGUUCGGGAAGUUUGGCAAAUGGUGGGAGUGGAGAUUGGCUCUCUCACUGAUACUGUGGAGACCUGGGUGCAAUCUCAAAUUGCUUUGCCGUGCAAGGAGAAAAGAGGUAAAUUUAUAAUGCUGUUGUGGAGUAUUUGGAAGAGGCGAAACAGUUUUGUGUGGAAAGAUAAAUGGCAGGGGACGGCGGCAAUUCUCAGUGCGGCGGCAAGCAUGCUGGACUCUUGGCGAGAGGCGCAACAGCUGGGCUCAAAGUUGACGCAGGGGGAAGAGAUGCAGUGAUGAGCUGGCAGAGACCCAGUCGGAGAAUUAUCAAGAUAAAUGUUGAUGUUGCGGUCAAUCAGACGGAAGAGAUAAGAGCUUGGGGCUGGAUUGCUAGGGAUGAGCAAGGGGAGUAUAUUAAGGCAGUUGAAGAGUCAAAAAGAGCGGGAAAAAAUCUGCAAUUUUUAAAAUUUUCACUGUUUCCUUUUCUUUUUGGUGGUCAUUAUUAUUCGUUAUUAGUGUUCACAUAUCUUGGAUGAAAACUAACAUAUAAUGAACGAUUGAUAUAUACUAGUAUUAUAUAUUAUAUACGAGUGGGAAAUUAAACAAGAGUAGGUUCUCAUAUUUCUGGUCCAUUCGUGAUUAUUAUCACCUUACUUGUUUCCAUAUUGAGUUCUAAUUUUGUAGUCCUGUCCACUGGCAUUUGCAUUUGAUGAUUUUCAUUUGUUAUUAGUUAUAUAUGAGGAAAAUUUUGGGCUAUACGCUUAUAUAUGAACAUUGUUUACAAACACUCCAUAAACUCAAU